AUGAUCUUGAACAUUCUCCGACUGCCGAUCGACACACCGUCGACGUCAACGUCGACGACGACGACAGUCGCUGCCGAAUAUCCGGUUGUUCAUUUCUCGACGAGGCGUCGCGUCAAACUGAAAACAAUCGACGAGCCGUCGACGUCGACGUCGGAUGACGACGAUGACGACGACGUCGUCUCGACGGAUUCGGGCUAUUACGCCGGCUCGACGGCGACGACGUCGUCGUCGGAAUCGGCAGCGGCGGCGUCGUUGAGUCGCGACGGUUCGAUGGCGAGCUCGACGAUGACGAUGGAUCGAGACGCGCGCGGCGGCUCGAUGAGCUCGGAGGCGGCGCGAAGCAGCACCGGCAGCUUCGAGUCGAUCAGCUCGACGGCGUCGAAAAUUCUCAGCUCGGCGGCCAACUGUUUGAUGUUGAUGACGAAACGCAACGGAUGGAGUUAUGCCGGUUCGCCGUCGGACGAGAAGGGCUCGCUGGACGCGCAAUCAUGGACGACGGCAAUUCAGGCGGCGCUGAUGCCGGUGACGCCGCAGAGUAGCGUCGGCGCGAAACGGGUCACCGAUAAGCUGAAAGUGCCAACCGAAGGUGAAAAAGGCCACCUCGGCGCCAACAUUCAGACGGAGCACGAGUUCUCGCAACUCUAUCAGAUAUUCGCCGAAGAGGUGCUCGGCAGCGGCCAAUUCGGCACCGUCUACGGCGGCAUUCAUCGAAAGUCGGGCCAACACGUGGCGGUGAAAUUGAUCGACAAACUCAAAUUUCCGCCGAACAAAGAGGACCUGUUGCGCACCGAGGUCCACAUUCUUCAGCAUGUCCACCAUCCGGGCGUUGUGCAUUUCCUCCAAAUGCUCGAGACCACCGAUCGGAUAUUCGUUGUGAUGGAGAAGCUCAAAGGCGACAUGCUCGAAAUGAUAUUGUCGAGCGAGAAGGGCCGAUUGUCGGAGCGAACGACGCAAUUUCUGGUGGCGCAAAUUCUCGAAGCGCUUCGCUAUUUGCACAAUUUGAACAUUGUGCACUGCGAUCUGAAGCCGGAGAACAUUUUGUUGACGUCGAACAGCGAUUUUCCGCAGGUGAAAUUAUGUGAUUUUGGAUUCGCGCGAAUCAUUGGCGAGAAGAGCUUCCGUCGAAGUGUCGUCGGAACGCCCGCCUAUUUGGCGCCCGAGGUGCUUUGCAACAAGGGCUUCAAUCGAUCGCUCGACAUGUGGAGCGUCGGCGUGAUCGUGUAUGUCUCGUUGUCCGGGACGUUUCCGUUCAACGAGGACGAGGACAUCAACGAUCAGAUUCAGAACGCCGAAUUCAUGUAUCCGCAGCAGCCGUGGAAAGAGAUUAGCGAAUCCGCUAUCGAAUUCAUCAAUGGACUGCUUCAAGUGAAAAUGAGCAAACGGUAUACGGUGGCGAAAGCGCAAGCUCAUUUAUGGAUGCAGAGCUACACCCUCUGGUCGGAUUUGCGUCUUCUUGAGAAGACCGUCGGCGAGCGAUUCCUGACGCACGAAAGCGAUGACUCGCGUUGGAAGGAGUACGAAAAAGAGCAUAAUCUGACACCGAUUUACGUCUAG